GGGGGCCCCCGGCGGCGCCGGCCCCACGCCGGCACCAAGGAGCGCCGCGCGCGGCGGCUGGAGAGCAACGAGAGGGAGCGCCAGCGGAUGCACAAGCUCAACAACGCCUUCCAGGCCCUGCGGGAGGCCAUCCCCCACGUCAAGGCCGAGAAGAAGCUGUCCAAGAUCGAGACGCUCACGCUGGCCCGCAACUACAUCCGCUCCCUCACCGCCAUCGUCCUGGGCGUGUCGGGCGGCUGCCGGCCCCCCGCCGAGCCCCCCGCCCACCGGCUGCAGGGCGAGGAGAGCCUGGCCCGGUAUCUCUCCCAGAUCCGCAGCUUCAGCCAGGGCAGCUAGCCGGGCCGGGCCGGGCCGGGACCGGACUCCAGAGGCCAGGCAGAGCCUGGGCCGGCCUGCGCCGGACCCCCUCGCCCACCGCUGUGGCUGUGACUCUGACUGCCCGGCGCCCCGACACUGAGGUCGCCUCCUGGACCCCCCCCGGCCUGCCCCUCGUUAACGCAGGCGGCGGUGUGCAGAGGUGGGACCGC